AUGGGUUACGAAGGGCCUUCUUUUGAAAGGUUUGGGCCGGAGAAUUGGGGAUGGAAUGUUACUGAUUUGAUUGAUGCUAAUGCUAGGAAAAGGAAAUCUGAGUUGGUCUUUAAUACCUUUUCAGAGCAGGAUGCAGAGAGGAUUCUCAGUAUUCCUUUGUCUGUGUAUGAGCACGAAGAUUUUCUUAUAUGGCGAGGUGAGCCGACUGGGGAAUAUUUGGCUCGUAGUGGCCACAAAUUUCUUGUACAUGAUAGACAGAAUCAUUUACAGGAACUUGAUGUGUUAAAGGUGUCUAUACUUGAAGGACGGAUUAGUUCGGCAAGAUGGGUUGCUCCUGAUGUAAAACUAUUGGCUGAUGAUAUUGAGGAGCUAAAGUCAAUAUCUUCUAUGCGGAAAAGUGGUAGAAGAAGAGUACGAGAUUUAAGUAUUGUCCAGAAUACUCCAAAUUCGGAAGAAAGAAAUAGUGAACAGCAGACAGUUGUUGGAUCUUCGAAUGUGCUGGAGACACUUGAUGAGCCUGAAGAAUUUCAAACUGAAAGUGGUGGGACGCGCAGAGUUCGAGGACGUACGCUACUUAGAGAUUUAUACGACUUAGAUCCUGUCGAGCGUGUUAAAGUAAGUAGAAAUACUCAUGGUCAGCCUGUUGGAUCUGAAGCUCGACUUUUAGCAGGCUAUUUGGGCAUUUUAGCACGAAAUGCAAAUAUGUUGCCCAUCAACUACGAAUCAUGGCAUCACAUGCCUGAUAGCAACAAAAACCAGGCUCUCGCUAAUAUUAAGGAGAGAUUUGCUUUAGAAGUCUCCGAUGAUUAUAUCAAGAAGGCAUUAGGUAAAAGAUGGAGAGACAAUAAAAGCACUUUAAAGAAACAAUAUUUUAAGAAAGACAUAAGCCUCGAGGAAAAACUGAGAAAUGUUCCGCCAGGAAUGCUGAGGUAUCAAUGGGAAGAUGCGGUUAGAUUUUGGAAUUCAAAGAAAGGAGAGGUAUUGCGUAUUUCCAAACUCUUAUAUAUAGUGUUUACUAUAUACGUAAUAAUAAUUUUAUUAUGUAGGACCGUGAGCAAGUUGGAACAAGCGUGA